AGGGAAGUCUCGCGAGAUUCAAUGAAAUUCCAACAGCAAAUCUGAGUUUGCGACCCUCCUCCAUUCAAUAUUAUUAAAAAGAAAAGCAGAAGAUCGUUCCCUGGGAUGUAUUAACGAAAACAAUAACAAAAUACAUACAAUCAAAAUCAAAACAACGUUCGUGUCUACUCACCACCGCACAUUCCGACCGCGGAAGGUUGUUAUAUUUUUGUCGUUAAAGGGGGAUGACAAAUCCCGAAGAACUGAAUGAAACAAGCAGUGCAAAUUCAAAGAGCUGACGACUCGGGAGCAGGGGUAUUAGACAGUCAGAAACUUCAUCACAUGGCAACUGCUAAAAUCAAGAUAUUUCCUCAUGCCCUAGCUUAAUUUUAUUUUUUAGAUGGGACCGGAAUUGAGUGUAGAACGCUGUGAUUUGGGAUUUUAACAGUAAACAUUCUGGAUUCUUCGGAAUACCGGAGUUGUUAACGGGUUGGUUUCUUACACAGGCCAAAGACAGCUUCGAGCAAACCGUGAGAGAAAAAAAGGUAGCUUGCAAAUCACAGUGGAAACUGUGGAAAGCUGUCAAUAAACGGACACGUCUGUCUACACUGCAGCGGUGAAAACGUUAUUUGGACCAUCAAUCUGAUGGCUAAGCUGUUUUUACAACUUGGAUGAACAAUACUGAAAUUAAAAACACGAAUAUUUUUUUAUUUCAUUUAUUAUUUUUCUGUACUCGCAUUUUUGGAGGAGUGAGAAAAAAACCCCACCGUAAAUAAUGUCUGGAGCUAAGGACAACACUUGCAGGAAAUUCCAGGCAAACAUUUUUAACAAAAGCAAAUGUCAGAACUGCUUCAAACCAAGAGAAUUGCACCUCUUGACCGACCAGGAUUUAAAUCAGGCCAAACCUAUUUAUGGAGGCUGGUUGUGUCUGGCACCUGAAGGGACAGAUUUUGACAAUCCAAUGCAGAGAUCAAGGAAAUGGCAGCGUCGAUUCUUCGUUCUGUACGAACAUGGCUGCCUGCGCUUUGCUUUGGAUGAGUCACCGAGCACUUUGCCACAGGGGACUGUUAACAUGAACCAGUGUACUGAUGUCGUUGACGCUGAGCCCAAAACAGGACAGAAGAAUGCUCUGUGCAUUGUGACACCUGAGCAAGAGUAUUUUAUCCGCGGAGAAAGCAAAGAGCUCAUUAAUGGGUGGCUUGAACAGCUGGUAGUUUAUCCGAAAACAAAUAAGCAGAACCAGAAGAAAAAACGCAAGGUGGAACCAACAACUUCACAGGAGCCGGGCCCAGCGAAGGUUGCUGUGACUGGCUCUGGUAUUCCAGAUGCAGAGAAGGUUCCAGAUUCCCGGUCAACCAUAUGGCAGGAAGAACUAAACACCAGGGAGGUGGAAUCGUCCCAGGUUUGGCCUUCAUCGGAUAGUGGCGCAUUCACUUCAAUGCUGGAUGAAGGGGGACACGUUCUGGAUGCUACCUCUGAUCACAGCUCUGUCAAUGGGGACGAGAGGGAUAGAGGUGGCAUCCCUUUCCACCUCCCACAAAGACCCGACAUGCAGGUUUUAUCCCCGACUGGUAGUUCUUCCAGUAAGCACAGUAUGGAUCUCGGAGGGAUCCCUCGAUGCCAGUCCCCUGCCCAGAGCGAUCCUUUUCCUUCCGGGAGCAGCCUGCUGUCUAACGGGUCUCACAUCAGCGGCUCAGUGAGUUCACUGGAUUCAGACACGAGUGGAAGCACAGUAACGAGUACGGAUAGCCACUGUGCUGAGAUCCGGGCGCAAAGGGCCUCCACACUGCAUGAGGCCCCUCGAUCAAGGAGGUAUGAGAUGGAAGUGAGGAAGGCAGAGAAACGAAGUCGAGCAAGGAGCCCAGAAAGACCAGAGGAGGAAGUGUUUGGAACAGAGAAAAGUCGCCCCACAGUGAUUGAGAAGUUUGAGGCCCUGGAACUGGAGAAUGCAGAGAGGAUGGAGACUGAUGAGCCUGACCCCCCAGCAGCCCGGCAAGGGAGAAGUGAAACCAGGCGAUCCCAGAGAGAGAAAAGCUUUGUAAACGGGGACCCUAUAUUUCAUAACCCAAUGAGACAACUAAUACAUGAUAUAAUGUAUUCAGAUUCAAAAUCUACCCUGAAGCAGAACACCUGUAGUCUUUCAUGCAGUGUCUUGCUCUUUUUACAGCCAGAUCUGUUGAACUUCAAGAAAGGUUGGAUGGUUAAAUUGGAUGAGCAGGGACAGUGGAAGAAAUACUGGUUUGUUCUUACUGACCACAGUCUACGAUACUAUAAGGAUUCAAUUGCUGAGGAGGCUUCAGACCUGGAUGGUGAAAUUGAUUUAACUGCGUGCUACAAUGUCACUGAAUACCAGGUUCAAAGAAACUAUGGCUUUCAAAUUCAUACGCAAGAAGACGUGUACACGUUGUCCGCCAUGACUGCUGGAAUACGACGGAAUUGGAUCCAAGCCUUGAUGAAAAAUGUCCGCCCCUCAACUGCUCCUGAUGUUGCUAGCCUGCCAGAUGAACAUGGUUCAUCCACCCCCUUGGAUGCGCUGUUGAAACCAGAUGUGACCCAGGACUCGCCAUCUUCUGGAGCUUCAUCUGUAGAGCGAGAAGCCGGGCAGAAGAAGAGCCGCAUCCGCGAGAGGAGGAGAGAAGGGCGAUCUAAAACUUUCGAUUGGGCUGGGUUCCGGCCGAUUGCCCAGGCCUUGGCGCAGCAGCGAGCAUCUGAGACUGAGGCUUUUCAGAGCAACCUCACGGACUCUGACCGGACGAAGAGGCGCGAGGAACGCAGGAAAAGAUAUGAAAUUACAUCCAGCGCACCCGAGGCUAACAAGACGGACUUUGAAAGUUGUAGCUCCUCAUCUUCACUGGAUAGACAGCAGAAAGUACAAGAGGAAAUCGAACGGCACUGGCAGCAGGUUGAAAAGACCCCGAUUAGAAAAGAACGGCACGUUCUUUUAGCAACAGCGUUUCAAUCCAAAGAGACAGCAGAACUGGAACGGCUGUUAGAAAGUCAUAAGAUAGGGGUAGAAGAGCUAAAAAGUCAAUUGGAAAGUUGUCAUCAGCAGCUAGCAGAGUCAAACCAGCGUAAAAUGCAUCUGGAGUCCCAGCUGAAAACUGCUUUGGAACGCGAGCAGCAAGUCCUUGCGGGGUACAUCUCACCACUGGAGUCCACUUUGGGUCAUGAGGCAGAACUUGAGACCCAGAAGCAGAGGCAGGAACUGCUCAGUUCUCAAGCCCAGAGCCUUACAAAGAAGUACCAAGAAACUAAAGAACUCCUACAACAGCAAGAAAUCAAAAAGCGCAGCCUGCAAGCUCAGCUGGGCUUCUCCCUUUCGGAGACACCUGGGAAAGAACUGUCCCCAACUGAAGAUCGGAAGCCCUUGCUGGAGGAAACAAGCAAGGACAGGGUUGAGGAGUUGCCAGGAAACACUAAUGCAUUGACCAUAGUGCUGAAGGACAGCGCAGACACACUGAAGGAAAUUGAGGGUCUUCUAAUGGGAAAUCCUGUGUCUCUAAAGCACCUUGUGAAAUUAUUACAUAGUAUAUCCCCAUUGAAUUCAGAAGAUGCUAAAAAGCCAAUUUUAGAACCCAAGCCGGAGAUUGCUGGAAAGUGCUGUCAGAAACUCUGUGACCUCUUAAAGCAACAGCACAUAGCUGAAAACGAGUCUCUAAAGCACCACCUUAUGAAAGCUGAGGAAAGGGUUAAGGAAUAUGAAGCUCAUCUGGAGGGGGUGCUGGGUAGGGAACAGAAGCAAAAGGUAGAUUCUUUAAAGAGCUGCACAGCUUUGAGACAGAUGGAAGAGCAUGUGGAGUUGAGCGAGGUGACAGUAAAGAGGCAAGCCCAAGAUAUUGAAAUGUUAACCAACGAGAACGAAGUCCUACAUCAGCGCUACCAGGAAAUAAUGAACCAGCUUACAGAAGCGGAUAGGGAAAUAGAAAGACUCAAGUUAGAGUUGUUGAAUGGCCAAGGCGGGCAGCAGCAUCUGCAGGUUGUUGAAGAGCUCAACAAGACCAAAGCUAGGCUGGCAGAAAAAGAGGCAGACAAAGAGGUUUAUGAGAAAGAACUGAAUAAAAAAUCUCAAAAGUUACAAGAAGCUGUAAUUAGGUUAGAGGUGCUGGGCAGCAGCUUGAAAGAGACUGAAAGGAAGCUACAGCUGAGGGAAGCAACACUGCAAGGUCUGGGGUUCCAGAUAUCUACAGAAGAUGGCACUCGGCUGCUUCUAGAAGAGAAAGAACAGAUUUUUCUGCAGUUGGACGUUGCUCAGGAAACGCUGUCAGAACAGGAGAAGCAGCUUAAAUCCACAGAGCAGUCUUACAGGGAACUUCAGUGCCAAUACAGAGAACUAAUGUUAAAAAACGAACAAUGUGAAACGUUCUACGGCCAAAAGCUGUUGGAGGCCGAAAAUAAAAUGAAAAAGCUUCAGGGAGAGAUUGGGGGAGCGAGUGUAGAGGAGGGAGGACAUGGUUCUGAAAUAAAGCAAGAACUUUCAGAUGAAGAGAGGAACAAGCAGGUCGUUGAAAAGAUUAAACUUGAGUCGGCAGCACUUAGUAAAGUAGCAGAGGUUUUAGGGAAGACAGAUUUUAAAAUAGAAAAGGCACUGGAUGCGUUUACGAGUACCGUUAAGGGUAUUGGGUCCACAGUAGAUUCUUCCAAAGAAGAGGGCCCUGAAUUGUCACUUCUCAAGAAGAUACUACUAGAAGGGGAGUUCUGGGUGAAUAUGUCAAACCUUUCUGAUACCAGCUCUUCAGAGUUGAAAGAGAAUGAGUUGAACAGUUACUUGAGUAAAGCAUCAGAUAGCGUGUUAGUGAAAAACAAAAUGUUAUUUUUAGCCCAUAGGCUUUUCCAUCUGCCUAAUGCACACCAGCCUCAGUUAGAGCUUGUUAAAAAUGCUGAAGGAGCCAUUGAAGAAACUGUAAAGGAUCAGGCAGAGGCUCAGGGGAUGUUAAAGUUUGAAGUCAGUGAGGAUAUUCAAAGAGAAGUGAGCACAGAAGGUAAAAAUGAGGAAGUUGUUUCUUCUUUGUUCAAUUGGCUCGAUCAUGAAACAGAUCACCAAGUUAGGACAGAACUUGUACAGAAUCUGCAGAAGAAAGUUUGCCUGCUAAAUCAAAUUGCAUCUAGCAUACAGGCUUCUGCAAACAACGAGCUGAUGUCUUUGUCUUUAAAGCUUUUCGAUAGUUUGGACAGCAAAAGGGACUCAAAUGGACGUUGGCUGGCCAUUUUGCAGGAUGCAGUAAUGCAGGCCCAACUGUUGUACAUCACCUGCAGGUUAGAAACCAAGCAUAAAAAAGAGCUUGCAAAGUUAAAAGAGGAUCAAACUAAGCAGAUAGCAACUGAAACAGACCAUAAACAGUGUGCCGAUUUAAAAAUGCAAAACAAAGAAUACAAGGCAGUGUUAGAGACUGUGAAAGAGGAGGUAGCAGGGCUGGUAAGCUCAAAAGGUGAAGAGAAUGUAACGAUGACGCACAUUCACAUUGAGGGAGAGCCAAUUGAUUCUCUGGAUAAGGCAAUAGAAAUUCAGGACAUGGCGGCCAAGCACAAGAAGGAACUCAGAGACGUCAAGGACACCUACGAACUUGAGGUUGAGAAACUGAGGAAAGAGAUAGCAAAGGCAGAAGAAAUCCUGAAAUUAAAAUCAGAGGAGAAUGUUAAGGAAAUUGACUCCCUUACCAUCUGUAUGGAAAACCUGGCAAAGAAGCACAAGGUGGAAAUGAUAAGGCAGCAGGAAGAAUAUGCAGCAGAAAGGAAGAUCCUGGAAGCAAGACACACAAAGGAAAUCGAGAAGCUACAAAAUGAAAUGGUUGAGCAGGCCAAGCUAGAACUUGCUGAGGGAGUCGUGCUCAUGGGAGAAGAAGGAACUACCGCUAAAGAUAAUGAGACACCUUCCACUUCAUGGCACAAAGAGAAGAUUCGGGAGCUGGAAUCUCAGAUUAGUACCAUGAGAGAUGUAAUGAAGCAACGUGAACGUGAAGGAGACUUAUCCUCUAUUCAGCAGAAAUAUGAAAAAGACCUGGAAAACCUGAAGGCGACAUGUGAGCGUGGGUUUGCUGCUAUGGAAGAAUCUCAUCAGAAAGUUGUCGAGGAACUGCAGAGGAAGCAUCAUCGUGAGCUGGAGAGACUGCACGAGGAGAAAGAGAGGCUAUUGAAUGAAGAGACGGCUGCCACUAUAUCUGCUAUUGAAGCAAUGAAAAAUGCACACCGAGAGGAGUUGGAGAAGGAGCUAGAUAAAGUUCGGAAAGCAAACAACGGCACAGAAAACGCAGACAUUGAAGAAAUCCGCAGACAACAUGAGGAGGAGCUGGCCUCGUUCCAGCGGGAGAUUGAGGUGCUCUCAGAGCAGUACUCUCAGAAGUGUCUGGAGAACGCACACCUCGCCCAGGCCUUGGAGGCAGAGAGGCAGGCCUUGAGACAGUGUCAGCGAGAAAACCAAGAGCUCAAUGCACACAAUCAGGAACUGAACAAUCGCCUGGCUGCUGAAAUAACACAGCUGAGAUCAAGGGUAACCAAUGAGGAUGGCGGAGAUACCGGUGCAUUAAUACAAGGCACGGAGGUGUACCACUUAGAGGUCAUGUUGCGGGUAAAGGAAUCGGAAGCACAAUAUCUGAAACAGGAAAUCAAUUCCCUCAAAGAUGAACUACAGGCAGCCCAACGAGACAAGAAGUACACAACAGAUAAAUAUAAAGAUAUUUACACAGAGCUGAGUAUUUUGAAAGCCAAAGCCGAGCGGGAUCUAAAUCGCUUGAAGGAGCAGUUACAGCUUGCUCAUGAGGCACUGGGGCAACAGUCCGUAGAGAAGAUGGAAUGCAGUGGUUAUGAUAUCAUGAAGUCGAAAAGCAAUCCAGAUAUCCUGAAGAUGGCAGCAGCAGCUAAACGGUCAGAACGGACAAUGAGGUCAAAAAGUCUCAAAGAAGGUCUGACUGCUGAGCAGAGACUUCGCCUGUUUGACAACAAAGACACAAAAAAAUUAUAAUGCUGUUCUGUCUAUAAGCUUUGCUGCAUGUUUAGAGGGCGCUAUAUUUUAGCACAGAAUGUAAUCAUCUAGAACGCUACACUGGUUACUACAAACAUCUUAUAUUUAACAUAUUAGGUUUUCAUGUUUUGUCUAGAAAUUGCAUUCCAUGCAUUACAGUUCCUGUGACUCGCAUGUCUUAGUGUGUAAAUAUUCUUUAUUUUUAAAACACUACUGUAUAAGCUACCAUAUAAACUCACUCACAGAAAGAUUCCAUAUACUACUUGUAAAUAACCAAAGGAAUGUUUGGAUUUAUAAAGUGUAACAUCCCCAAGAUGGGUAACUGCUGUUCAUAAUUGAGUAUGUCAUUAUAACACAGUAGGAAAUGUCAUUCUUUUGCCGUCGUGCCUGUAGGUUUGGUAGGUAUGCACAACUUUUAAUGCAACAUCCCCCAUUAGUCCUUCACUUGCCAGUACAGUUGUCUGUCAGCUACAGAGCUCUACACAAGCUUAACACUUAGCUGUUUUUUUUUAACAUCUAAACCCAGCUUGGCUUAACCUUGUUUGUUAGGCUGUUUAUCUGUAAUUCACCGUUAGCAUCGUAUGUAAAGGUAGCAUUUCGCAAAGUAUUUUAAAAUGUUUCCUUUUAAAGAUCAAUGUAGGCAAUGGCUAGAUACAUGCGAUUACAGGGCCACUUUGAAAUGUUUGUCUUCUCUUAUGUAAUGGUUCGCUCAGCUAUAUGGGAGUUCAAAGGUUUUAAGUUGGUUAUUUUUGUAGUGUGGGUCAGUGGCAGUUUCCUUUGUAUUUAUUUGAAUGUUUUGACGUGUUGUCUCACAUUUUGUUUUCUCUGUACUCUGUCAUUGUAAAUAUGCAACAAGUGUACACCAACGGACUCCAGGUUUAUUAGCAAUAAAUAUUUUUGCACCAUG